GUGGCCGAGGACCUGCCGAAGGGUGUUUCCCUGUCGACCCGACAGGCGUUAAGUGCGGCAUUUGGUCGAACACAUAUCGGGCGUUGGAGGGGGAGAGAUAGAAUCUUCGCAGUAGCAAAGGUUGUGGGAAUCGGACUAAGAUGCUCAUUGGCCAUUGGAAAUCUGAGUUGGGUUUCUAUAGCACCUACCUCUUCGCUUGUGUUUGAUCUGAUGAGAUGCUUUGUGUGAGAAAGCUUGGGCUUCCCGCCAAGAAAGACAGCCUUGUCACCUGUCUGCUGCUCAGUAAGGUUGCGAGACUCCGACUGCAGUGUUACAGAAUACAGAAACCUCUGAUUGAGCUUUCCGGGUGCUGUUCCUAUGUCAAUGGGGAGGAUUUCAAUGUGUUCUCUCGAAGCUCGGGGAUGUUAUUCUCCACGGCUUCCCACACGAUCUUGGUCCAGGCGAGGGACCCCGCUAAGCUCAGCGUCGAGCUGGAGACUGCGGUCGACGAGCGGAGGUACAGCGACGCCUGGGCCCUGUAUGAGAGGCAUUUGCAGAUGAUGGAAGGGUUCCCUCGGAAAUCGGUGGUGAACUGGCUCUUGGCGGGAUCCACAGAGAGCCUGGACCUUCACUGGCUGGAGAAAUCAUAUGAGUUGGUGGAACUCGCAUUCGAACAAGGCAAACAGACUCUGUUCGAUAAGGAGAUCCUGAUUUAUCUCUCGCUCGGGCUCGCAAAAUGCGGGUCCCCUGUUUUUGCCUCGACCGUCCUGAGGAGGCUGGUGGAGAUGGAGCUGUAUCCCAGCGUUUCCUGUUGGUCUGCAGUCUUGGCCCACAUGUCGAGGACCGGCACCGGGGCUUAUCUAGCAGCUGAGCUGGUCCUCGAGAUUGGGCAAUUGUUUAAGGAUAAUCGGGUGGAUCCACGAAAGAAGAGCAAUGCACCGCUGAUUGCUAUGAAGCCCAACUCCACUGCCUUCAACCUCGCUCUGGUGGGUUGCCUCUUGUUCGGGAGCUCGAGGAAGGCAGAGGAACUCCUAGAGUUUAUUCCUCGGUUAGGAAUUAGAGCUGACACGAACUUGUAUGUUGCAAUGGCUCACGUGUAUGAGAGGAACGGACGUAGGGAAGAGCUCAGGAAGCUACGAAGGUACAUUGAAGAAGCUCCGGACCUCCCAGAUGCUCAGUUCUGCCAGUUUCAUAAUUGCUUGCUUUCAUGCCACUUGAAGUUGGGGGAUCUGAACUCAGCCUGUGACAUGGUGCUGGAGAUGCUUCGGAGAGCAAAAGAAGCAAAGAACAGUCUCUCUACUGCCAUAUUUCGGUUUGAUUCCAUUGGUAAAGGCGGUACUAAAUGCCUUCCUCCUUCUGGUUCAGGUGAAAGUUUGAUUGAUAGCAAAAUAGACCGUUCGGAGAAUGUGCCUCCAUAUGAUAGUUCUAUCAUAUCGUAUGAAGAAUUCUCUAGAGACCGAAAUUUCAUGAGGAUGGAGUCUGAAGCAAAGCAGGUUCUCGCCGAGUCGAUAGCUAAACUUCGGGUGAGAGAAGAACUAGUGAGGUCUGAGCGCGGGAUUCUUCAGCCUACCGAAACAGUGUAUGUGAGAUUGGUUAAGGCCUUUCUGGAAGCGGGUAAUAUCAAAGACUUGACAAAUUUUCUCAUUAAGGCGGAGAGGGAAGAUUCCCCUGCUUCAAACGAUGAUUCGGCACUGGUCCAUGUCACUAAUACGUGCAUCUCACUCGGGUGGUUGGACCGAGCCCAUGAUAUCCUUGACGAGAUGCGUCUUUGCGGGGCCAGGGCAAGUCCUUCGGUGUAUAACUCUCUGCUAAAAGCCUACUUGAAAGAGAAUCGAGCCUCUGAUGUAAAAUCGCUCGUGAGGGAUGCUCAGAAAGCUGGAAUCCAGCUAGAUGCAAGCUCUUAUGAGGCUUUAAUACGAGCACGGGUUCUUGAUAAAGAUAACCGAGGGGCGCUGGGUCUGUUUAAGGAGAUGAAAGAGGCCAAAAUCCCAAGAAUGGGCAGUGCUCUGGAGUUCGACCUUCUGGUUCAGGGAUGUGCUCAGAGCGGGGAAGCGGGACCCUUGUCAAAGCUGCUGGAGGAGAUCAAGGAUGGGCAGAAGAUCGAAAGUGAGGUACAUGACUGGAACAACGUGAUUCACUUCUUCUGCAAGAAGAGGCUGACGAACGAUGCGGAGAAGGCUCUAAAGAAGAUGAGGAGCCUCGGGCUUGUCCCGAAUGCUCAGACCUUCCAUUCAAUGGUUACAGCCUAUGCUGCCAUUGGAGGGAAAUACAUCGAGGUCACGGAGCUGUGGGGGGAGAUGAAGUCUCUGUCUAGUGCAACCCCGAUCGAGUUCGACCAGGAGCUGCUGGACUCAGUGCUCUACACAUUCGUGAGGGGCGGGUUUUUUGUGAGGGCAAACGAGGUCGUGGAGAUGAUGGAAAAAGGGAAGAUGUUUGUCGAUAAAUACAAGUACCGGACUCUGUUUCUCAAGUAUCAUAAGACGCUUUAUAAGGGCAAGGCUCCCAAGUUCCAGACAGAAGCUCAGCUCAAGAAGAGAGAAGCAGCAUUAGCCUUUAAGAAGUGGGUAGGCUUGCGUUGAUCUUUCAUUUGCUCCAUUGUUCUCGGUUUUACAUUUCUUCGGAUGUAUAUUUACUACUGACAAGAAGGAUGGUUCUCAUUUCGAGUAACGGAAUAGGCGUUAUUACUCUUC